AUGAUCAAUGAGAAAAAAGUAAUUGAAUUACCACGAACUAUUAUGACAUUUAAUAUUAAUAUGUCACUUAUUCCGAAAGAGAUGAAUAUAAGUAAAGAACAACUUUCAUUGGCAUUUGAAAUUAUUUAUGAUAAGGAAUAUCUCUUUUUUUGUAAAACAAAAGAAGAAUUUAGACAUUGGGCUAAAAUUAUAGGACUUGGAUGUAAAACUUAUGGUGUUUUUUGUUUUCCUCUUGAAGCAGUUGUUAAAAAAUCACGAUGGAGAGUACCUAAUAUUAUUUAUCGAUGUAUUGGAUUUCUUAAAACUCAUGACGCAAUUAAUGUAGAAGGUAUUUUUCGAAUGAAUGCCCGUGUUGGUAGAAUAGAAGAAAUGAAAAAAAUGGCAGAUGAUGAUGAAGAUAUCCAUUUUGAUGAAAAGGAUACAUGUUAUCUUGCUACUUCAUUAUUAAAGGCAUACUUAAGAAGUAUGGUUGAACCAUUAAUACCUUAUGAAUAUUUUGAAUAUUAUAUACAAUUACCUGAAGGAAAUGUUGAUAGUAAAAAAUUUAUUAAUUCUUUAACUGAAUCACACCAAGACACUUUAUGGUAUAUUGGAGAAUUUUUAAUGGAAGUUGUAAAGAAUAAAGAAGUUAAUAAAAUGGAUGAAACAAAUCUUGCAACAUGCUUUGGUCUUGUGUUCUGUGAUAAUCCCCCAUCAUUAGGUUUAACUGAACUUGAAUUUACCAAGAAAGCAAUUCAAUCCUUUGAAUUUUUAUUACGUAAUUUUAAAUAUGCAUUUAGUGACGUCAAAAAAAGGAAUAUAGCUCAAGGAAUUGAACCACCUCAAUACCCCGCCUUCCAGCCAUUAGUUCAUCUUCCUUUUGAUAUCCUAAUUGAACAAAUCAAAAUGGAACUUAGAGACAUCAAAAAAUCUCGAAGAAUGUCAGCUACUUAUUUGACUGAUAAAAGUACUAGAAGAAAGAAAGUUGGUGGCUCAUUGUCUAUCGCUUCAACUACCUCCGCUGUUAGAAAAGAAUAUUUAAAGACAAAAUAUAAAAAAAGUAAUGGUUCUUUUGCUGAUUUAAGUCUUUCAUCAAAAUUUGGAAACAACAGACCAUCCUAG